CUGAAUAGCAAUUUCGUGGGAAACCAAGGUAGACUGGAAAUAACUUUAACUUUAAUGUAUCAAUUUAGCGAGUCUGUCUCUGUAUAAUGUGGAAUGUCUGGUGUUUACUGGCGUAUUAGUUUUUUGCAGGUAAAUGAAAUAAUGUAAAGUACAGCAGGCUGAUUAUUCUAUGGUAUCGAAAUCUAUAACAUAGGUCAACAACUUUCACAAUUUUUUUAGAUCUGUUUCAUUAUAAUUUAUUUGUCGGUGAAAAUAAAUGAGCAGGAAGUUGCACAUUUAUUUUCUGCCCCUUGUAGCGUGUCCAUGGGAUUUCCUUCUGGCAUAGUUGAAUUUUUUAUUCAUUCGAGGUAUUGCUUUUAAAAGCGUUUUAGUGGAAGAAGCCGUCAUUUCCUGGUGUAAUGAGCACGUAUAAGUGAUAAUACUUUCAUUACAUUGUGUAUAAAUGGUUCUGCAAUAUGAUCCAUUCGUCUUGUGCACUUUCAUACGGUACUUUCAGUUUUGUACACUGUAAAAUAUAUUUGACCAAGUUUUGUCAUUCAUGUGGAUCAGUACACUACACCCAGAUUGUUGGCAUAUGUUGGUAUGCAUUGCAAAAGAAAUAGGUCAUCCAAUCCAGCUAUGCCCAGUGGUCAUAGCUGCUGUAACUGAAGGGGUCUUGCUACCUGUUAGUAGAGAUGCAGCUGUUAUUCUGGAGGUGGCUUCAUUGACAAUUUUCUGACAUGCUUUAGUGUUUACUUUUUAUUUUGGAAAUAUUAACAUGUUUGCUAUAUUCCCGUCCUCUAGGACUUUCCUGCAGAUCAUUCAAAUGUGUUCUUUUACUUUGUGCAUAACAGAUUAGAUGGUUAAUUUUAAGCACGAGCAUUGCCAGGCUGUAGAUGUUGUUUAAUGUGUGGUAACCUGUCUUGGCAAUUAUGACCACUUUUGCGCUAACUCCCAUUGUCUUAGCUAGUGCUUAAAGUGGAGGAGCUAGAUGAAAAAGUAUUUGUGUUAGCGAUCAACUGGAACUGAACAAACAGACAAAGAGACUUGAGUGUUACAAUGGAAGAACAAAGUAAAACAUCACUGUAAUGUUCUGCAUAGCUACGAGGUAUUCCGAGAAUUCGGCACAUGAAAAUUUCUGCCAAAGAUUUUGCGUUUUUUUUUACAAUCAAAGAAGGUUUUUCGCUGUGUUGUAUGUUGGUUACUUCGUUUCAUAGCCCCGAAAUUGGCCCUUGUAUUAUGUUUGGGUUAAGCACUACUAUGGGAAAUAUGGCUGGAAGUUUUAUUGGGGUGUUAAGUGUGCAUAAACAUCAAAAUUAUGAAGUAUUAUUGUUUCAGAAUCUCAAAGUAGGUAUGAAGUAUGCCAAUAUGUGAUGGCAGAAACUGGUUAAUUGCCUUACAUUGAAUGGUGCAAAUAUCAUUAUUGGAUAUAAGGUUAACAAAUUCAGUUGGUGCAAAUAUAGAUUGUAUAAAUGCUUUGCAGAUUAGUCAGUAAUGUCUGUUGAAAUUCUUCAAAAGGGCAUAAACAAUAUUACUGACCAGGAUACACAUAGCACACCAUGUGUCUUCAGAGCAACCAGAGACCUGAUCUGGUAUUUUUUUUCUGAAAACGAUAUUCGGACAUGGGAACCUUUGAAUCAUCUAAACAUGUCAUGGUUCACACAUGUAUAUAGUCACUGCCAUAUUCGCAUCACGUGUAAAGGAUUAUUGGUACAAAAAUAUUGUGUAUUUUUUUUUUCUAAAUAAAUAGCUAAUGAUACUUUUUCAUGGCUAGAGACCUUGUUUGCAUAUGGUGGUUAAUUGAUAGGUGACAUUUUUAUAGUGCUUGGUCACAUUUCUGGUUUCAGAUAGCAUUGAUUAAGACAGGACGAGGGAGUCUGUUAGAAACCCUGCUGGCUCUGUGACCACACAAAACACGACCAUGUUGUCAAAUGUGGCACAGAGCACAUUCUAGGAGCACGACAGCCAAUGCAAACUGCUAAAAUUCAGAGCCUGAAGCACUCUGUGCCAAAGGGUGACAAAAAGAGAAAAAAAGAUGUUGCAGCAGAGGUAGCUGUACUUGAAGCUGAGUUGGAAAAAAAACAGAAAAAAGACUUGGAGGAGUUUGCUGCCUAUCAGAGUAAUGGUGUAGCCAGCAAUCAGCCAGAGGUGGAUGAUGUGACCGAUGAAUUUGAUGCUACAAGCUUGCAUGAACCCUCCCUGAAGCAGGGCAAAACUAGCAAAGCAGAGAAACGCAGGGAAAAGAAGCGGCAAAAGGAAGAGCAGCGUGAAAGAGAGAUUGCAAAGCAGGAAGUGGAAAACCAGUUUCUUCCACGUGCUGUGGAGGAAAGAGAACUGCGGGAAAUUCUCGAGAAGCUUGGAUUGACUAUUUACGAGAUUCCUUCUGAUGGAAACUGCAUGUACAAAGCCAUGGAACAUCAGCUUGGACUUUUUGGUGUCUUGAAAUCCAUGAAUGAAUUACGGCAAGAAACUGCAAAGUACAUGUUGUCUCACUCUGAAGAGUUUCUUCCUUUCCUGACAAGCAGAAAGAGUGGCGACGUGAUGACUGCAGAAGAAUAUGAAGAUUACUGUUUAGAGGUUUCAAGCACGACAGCAUGGGGUGGCCAAGUUGAGCUCAAGGCUCUCUCCCAUGCUUGUAAGGUGCCCAUAACAAUAGUUCAAGCUACUGGACCUUCCAUUGAAAUAGGAACAGAAUAUAAUUCUAAGCCUAUCCUUCUAAGCUACCACAGAUGCUUGUAUGAGAUGGGAGAGCAUUACAACUCUCUAGUCCCUAAAGAAGGCGAAGUGGAUGAAGGUGACUGCGUAGAUCUGCAGGGAGAGCAUUACAACUCUCUAGUCCCUAAAAAAAGCGAAGUGGAUGAAGGUGACUGCGCAGAUCUGCAGAUCUAGUAAGAUGGAAUAUUCCAGUCAAAAGUUCAAAAAACUUGACUAAGAGAGCAAUUUGGACAAGAACUCUGUUAAUAAAGAAGCCGCCUUUCUCCGCUGGACACCUUCAAUAUUGAUUGAUAUGUGGGGUUCAACGUUCAAAAAUCACCAUAUGAUUAUGAGAGACGCCAUAGUGGAGGGCUCCGGAAAUUUCUACCACCUGGGGUUCUUUAACGUGCGCCCAAAUCUGAGCACACAGGCUUACAGCAUUUUCGCCUCCAUCGAAAAUGCAGCCGCUGCAUCCGGUAUUCGAUCCCGCGACCUGCGGGUCAGCAGCCGAAUACCUUAGCCACUAGACCACUGUGGCGGGGCUGGACACCUUCAAUAAAAUUGGCAAAUAUUAUUGUGCCUACCAGAGUGAAAUUUUAUGACUGAUAAAGGAAAAAGCAUUUACCACGUAAUUGACUUUAGUAACCUCUGCAUUUUCUUAUUUGCAAGACUUCAAAAGUGUUUUGUCAAAAAGAUCUGGUGAUAAGGUGUUCUGUUGAAGAGAUGUGGUGAUAGGGCAUGACCAAAAGAACGGCAGAAAUUGUGCUUUCAGCUAGGCAAUUGAUGGUUUUGAUAUGUGAUAUGUGGGGUUUAACGUCCCAAAACCACCAUAUGAUUAUGAGAGACGCCGUAGUGGAGGGCUCCGGAAAUUUCGACCACCUGGGGUUCUUUAACGUGCACCCAAAUCUGAGCACACGGGCCUACAACAUUUCCGCCUCCAUCGGAAAUGCAGCCGCCGCAGCCGGGAUUUGAACCCGCGACCUGCGGGUCAGCAGCCGAGUACCUUAGCCACUAGACCACCGCGGCGGGGCAGGCAAUGAAUUGAUGGUUGGCAACUCUUUCAGUAGUAUUGAAGGUAUUGCUUGUGAUGGGAGUGACAUAGCUGGGCUGGAAAGAUUAUUUCAAAUGUAAGUGCAUGCUUAAAAAAGCACGGUUAUCUUGAUGUUUUCGUGAGGUGAUAACACAGUGUUAGUGCGGCUCUUGAGCAGGUGACAUGGAUCAUUGUCUUGGAAUUUAAGAAGUGGGGGGCAAGGGAGCGGUGCUACGCAGAAAGUCUGGAGAAUAUAUGAUGGAAAGCAAACGUGCUCUAAUGAAAACGAUAACAAUGGGUUUUGGUGACUGUUCUAAACUAAAAAAAAAUUUGAAAAGGUGCAAAAAAUUUAAAAAAUAUAAAAUAAAAGCUAACUGCCCCUGACAAGAUUAUGUACUUGUUCUGACACAAUUUUAAUUAAAACCAGCAGAUAAUGAAGCCGAGGAAGGAAUGGAGAUGCCAAUUGCACCUUAAGUAUACUGUGAUAAUUGUCAAAUAGAUGUGAAGAAAGUAAAGUGGACAGACAACUGUUUGACAGUUGUCUGUUUGACAACCAUCGGACUAUGCACCCAAUAGUCUUGCCAAUUGAGCUAGAGUGGCAGUCAUUCCCUCAGCCACCUUAAGGGGUAUUUAUGUGCACGCGAACGCGGGAGUGUUAGUCAGUGCCACUUGUAGCCAUGACAGCAAAAGUGGAGCACUUGGCCAGCUGGCUAAAAAAAGCACAUGAUUAUUUAAUGAGUGGGCAGCUGAUUGAUAAGCCCUUGCCUAAUAUUGUGAUAGAACAUACUGAGGUAAAUAUAGAAUACUUCUCAUUCAAUACACAGUGCGCGAUGCACCUGCUCUGGAGCACGCAUGUUUUAGGAUUUCCCAGCUAAAUAUGAUGGCUCACUAUAAAGUUCUGUCUAGACACAGCAUUUGGCAACGGGUACUGUUUCGUACUAUUUACAACCACUGCACCUGUAUUCAUGUAACCUAAUGAGAAGACACGUUUUAAUGCAAUAUACACGAUGCAGAAAACACCAUCUGCCACAGCCAUUUGAACUAGUGGAAAAGCAAUUUUUUUUCCUCGCUUUGCCGUCACUGUGGACAUGUAUUUUUUAUUUGAUUGUAAAUAUGUACAUAUUUCUAAAUACUUCUGAUCUGAGUCUGGAAGCAAUGCAAAACAAAUUCUUAGCAUGCACACUCUGUCUAUGUCUUUCUGUGUGUGUGUUCACGUAUCUGCAGUUUGUGUAUGUGUGUGCAUGCAUGUGUGAUAAUUCGCCUGCAAAAUUACCUUCAUAAACUGUGCAUCAAAAGCUUGUUCAUUUGGAUUUCGGGAGACUGCAAAAACUGUCUCAAUUAAUUGAAUGCCAAAUGGUUUAAAUAUCAAAAACAAUAAAUAAAAAGUAUUAAAUCAAUGCACUUUAUUUUUUUACAAAAAUAUAUAAAGGUAAAUAUUUUGCAUAUGAGAAGUGUAGAAGCCACAACAUCCAUCACUUGCAACUUCGUUCAAUAUGUGAACGCAGCUAAAGGCCCACGUUUCUCAAUCUGAAACCUGCUCUGAACCAAUACCUUAUUAUAUACAAAAGACACAAUUUUGGGUAGUGACCACAUCUUUGUAAAAGCCCAUGGCCAUUUCAGCUGUCUGUGAACAUCAUUUUUCAUGCUUUUGCCUUGCACAUUUAAGGCACUCUGUGCUCAGAGAAAUGUCUAAAUAACCCGACUUGCAGCCAUAUAUGAGCGGGUCAACAAAAUUUUGGUGCUAAUAAACAGUGUAUACACUGGCUGGGACCAGAGAAUAUGUCGGAAUUACGCAUUUUUUUUUAUUUAGCGAGUGUUGAGUUCACAAGCUUUUACUGUACAUGAUAACGCAUGGUCAUAUGUAGGUCGUAACUGUGAACAAGGUGCUUAAUUGCUGCUAAUGCUCCUUUCUUACAUUUAAUAAAGCAGGAAUUAUAAUAUGCCCAGUAAUUAUAGACACUUCCUAAUGCUGUUAAACAAGGAUGUGAACAUUAUAUUAGUAGUAAGAAUGUCAUACAUUAAUCACAACUCACCAGAAGAAAUAUUUGGUCUCAAAACUGGCUAGUAUUUGCACACUCUCGCCAAAUAUGUUUUUGUUAGGUUAGAGAAAUUAGAUCAAAGAAGAAUUAAGUGAUAAUUAAAAAAACUGCUGAUUGCCAAGACAAAAUCCAUGACAAUAAAUUCUGCAACUGAGAAAUUGGCGAAUGUCAUGUAGUAACAUUGUAACUUGCAUAGGGGAAGGAACCAAUAUGAAAGCCAUGCCUGAAGUUGAUCAAUUGAAGGAAUUCUUCUAUGAUAGAAUUGAUUAUGUGGUCUGUGUCUGUUGAAAAGGUACUUGUGAAGGUGAUGAAAUAAUUUAUAUAAUGCCUUCAGUGUUUCUUGAAGAGUAGCUUGACCUUACAGGAUUGCCACUUCCGCACUACAGGUCCAGUAGAAAAUUUUGGAUAGAAGUAGUGGUUGCUUGCAUUGAUGCUAUUAUUAAUAACUUGAUAACUUAAUUUUUGAACAUAUAGCUCAAGACAUUGGCAACCUUUGCAGCAUUAUCACCACAGCCUUUGCCAAAUGAACGGUCCUUCAACAGGCCCUUUAAAAACUUAUAAAACUACAUUUCACUGCUGAUAUUUCUUUCUCAGAACCCCCAUUAUUAGCCUGGCCUGUGUGAGUAAUGAAUAUUGCAAAUCACUUCCUGUGUUGCUCGCAACAUUGGUAAAACAUUCAUACCGUUUAUUGAAUGUUUAACAAACACAACUUUGAUUUGAUUGUUCUGAUUAGUGUUUGCAUUGUAUUCUGCUAUAAUACCUAUUGUUUUAUGUUUUCCAUAUGUUUUGCUUUUUACCUAAAUAUUUGAAUUGUCUAUGGUUUUGAUAUUUUACAUUGUACUUUAUUAGUUUGCAGUUUCUUUUUUAAAAUUUUUACUGUCAAGUAGUGUUUCUUUUAACAUUUUUACAGGGUCCCCCUACAGUGUUUACACUAUGGGACCUUUUUCUGUGCUAAAAUGUUUAUAUUCUGAAUAUGUAAUCAAUAUUGAAUAAACUUCAAAGAUGCACUAGAAA